AUGACCAAGCUACUGACUGUACUGCUGCUCUCGUUCGCCGUCUCGCUGCGCUGCCGGACGUCGCCCGAGAUGCGCUCGGCGCUGCAUGACGCCAGCGCCACCGGCCUCCUCGCCGCGACGGUCAUCGUUUCGGCCUGCGACCUCAAGCGGCUCAUGCCCAUUGCCCAGUGCAAGCCCGGCGUCUGCAUCUCAACCGACGGCGUCCCCGGCUCCGACUGCCGCCAGUGCAACAAGCUGAACCUAAUGCCCCAAGCCAACUGCCCCAAGAAGAACCCGUGCAACAACAAGAACGCGCCAUGCGUUGCCUGCGCAAAAUACAAGCUCAUGCCUGCCAACUCGUGCGCCGCUCCGGGCUCGACGCCGGCGCCAGCGGUCACGACACUCCCGCCUACGACGCCGUCGGCCAGCCCAACGCCGGCAGUGACGACCCCCGCGUCGACGGUCAAGCCGACACCUGCGGUGACGACACCAAGCGGAUCGAAGACCCCGACGCCUACGCCGACAAAGGCUGGGGGCGCGAAUGGUGGUGCGAACGGAGGCGCGAAUGGCGGUGCAAACGGAGGUGCGAACGGCGGUGCGAACGGCGGCGGCAAGACGACGACUCCGCCCAACGGCAACGGCAACGGCAAUGGCUACGCGAACGGCAACGGCCAGAAUGGCCACGAUGUGAGCACGGGCACCAACAACAGCGACACGUCAAGCAAAUCGUCUGGUAUUUCGGGUGGUGCGAUUGCAGGCAUCGUGGUCGGGUGCAUCGCCGCCGUGAUCCUCGCAGCCUUCCUCUUCUGGAAGAUCAAGAAGGACAAGUCGCGCGAGGAGCAGCUCUUUGCCGACCCGCACGAUCUCGAAGACGCGCAGACGGGGUACGCGGCCAUGUAA